AUGAAUUAUUUAUACUGCCGUUACUAUCAGUUAACGUUCAUUUUAUGUAUUUUUCAUUGGGUUUUACUAUUAUCAAGAAAAUGUCUAGCGGUAGAUGAAAUUGAAUUACGUCUUCGUAUGCGUGAAGAAAUUGCACCAUCUACACGUAUUGGUUCAGUUAUAUCAAGUUUACCCGUUAAUUUACGAUCACAAAUGCAUUUUUUAACUGAUAGUACAUUUUUUACAGUCACACCAACAAGUGGUGAAAUACGUGUUGGACGUUUAAUUGAUAGAGAACGACUAUGUCCAGAAUUUAAACUUUGUUGUGGUGUGAUUACAUGUGAAUUAAAAGCUAGUAUUUUUGUAACAAAUAAAGCUGCGGGAGAAUUUGCCGCUAGUGUUUUAUUGAAAGUGGAAAUUCAAGAUCAAAAUGACAAUAGACCAACAUUCAAUGCACAAAGUCAGACAGUUACUUUAUCUGAAGCUACUGCUGUGGGUACAUUAAUAAGUAUUAAUGCAGCGACAGAUGCAGAUAUUGACCCUGAAAAUCAGAUACAACGUUAUACUCUUGUCGAACCUACAGGCACAUUUAAACUAGAUUUAUCUGGACUCCCUACAGUUCGUUUAGAAUUAUCACGUCCACUUGAUAGAGAACAAGUAUCUGAAUAUAAGGCAAGCUUAGAAGCAUGUGAUCCUGGUGCAUGUACACGACAAACACUAGAAAUCCAAAUUCUUGACGAAAAUGACAAUAGCCCACGUUUAGCAAACACCCGAUUUAAUAAACGAUUAAUUGAAAAUAUUCCAGUUGGUACUGUAGUAUUACAACUGAACGCUACUGAUAUUGAUUCAGGAGAAAGAGGCAGGGUUAUGUACAGUUUUCAUGGAAAUAUUGAUUCCGAUUUAACUGAAACAUUUGAGCUUGUUCGAGAUACCGGUGAAAUUAAACUAAAAAGACCGUUAGCAGCAAAUAUACGUGAUAGCUAUGAAUUUAAAAUUAUUGCAUGUGAUGCAGUAAAUAGAGCAUGCAGUGGAGAUGAGAAUUCAACUGCUGACAUCACAUUUACUGUAGAAGAUGUGAAUAAUUUCCCACCAUCAAUUCAUGCUGUGGCUGCAGGAGCAGCACUAGUUACUGGCUCAAUCGAUCAAAAUAAAGGAAUUGAGUCAAAAACAGGUGAAUCAGAUCAUAACAAUUUCAAUGAACCGAAACCCGGUGACGAAUUAAGUAUCUUAGAGAAUUCUCCACCGAGUCAAAUAGCAGUUUUAACUGUUCGUGAUGAUGAUACUGGUGAUAAUUCUAAAGUAUCAUGUUCGUUAAAUGAUACGAAUAGUAACAUAUUAUCAAACGGUGAAAAGACCACCCAAAAUUUUAUACUUACUCCUAUAUUUGAUUAUGAAAGUGAAUCAACUGUACGUACAACAGUUGUUUGUCAUGAUUAUGGUAAACCACAACAACUAACUUCGGCUAGAGUGAUUACUGUACAAAUUAUUGAUGUUAAUGAAUUUCAACCGGAAUUUUCACGUCGUGUUUAUGUUAGUCGAGUACCAGAAAAUGCACCACCAGGAAUGGAUAUUCUUACAACUACAGCAUUAGAUAGAGAUAGAGCUGCUGUUUUAAGUUAUAAAUUUGCACCUACUUCAACAUUAUCAUUUAAUGAAGAGGGAAAAGAUUUACAUAAAUCUGAUAGUACACAAACAGACGAUGGAGUUUAUAAACAUUUUAUUAUUGAAUCACAAACUGGAAUAAUACGAACAAGUCAAAUUCCAUUAGAUCGAGAGAAAAUUGGAAGUGUGACAUUAGUUGUUUUGGUAACGGAUUCAAUUUCAGCACCAAUGUUUACAGCUACAACAACAGUAUCUAUAGAAAUAUUAGAUGAGAAUGAUAAUGCUCCUGUCUUCACUAAUCCUCCAGUAAGAUCAGCUGAAGCAUCUCAAGGCGAUAAUGAAAAAUUUGCUUUCACAAUCAUGGAAAAUGCCCCACGUUUUACACAGUUAAGCCAGAGAUUAGAAGCUAGAGAUCCGGACCAAGGCGAUAAUGGAAGAGUUCAGUUUUCUUUGCUAGCCACAUAUGCUCUUACGAAGUCACCAAGGCGAAAUCAAUUUAUUGGAUCCUCACCAAAUAUGUUGACUAGUUUUGAACAUUUCAUUGAUAGACCAGGAUCAAAUCUCAAUAGUGAAGCCGGAAUGACACGUCACGUGGUCGAUCAGCCUAUAUUCCGAAUUACGUCAAAUGGAGUAAUUGAAACGUUAGUUGAGCUAGAUAGAGAAACAGUACCUGUAUAUAUACUUAAAAUUGGAGUUCGCGAUCGUGGAGCUCAGCCACUUGCAAGUACAACGAUGUUAAGAGUAAACGUACAAGAUGCGAAUGACAAUGCUCCUGUUUGGGUUUUCCCCACACCUGUGGAUAGAACAAUUAAUCUAACCACUGGAAUGAAACCUGGAAGUUUAGCUGGCAGACUUAGAGCAGAGGAUGCCGACUCUUUCGAAGCGGGAAAAGUUGAGUAUCUGUUUCUUGGACCUCGCGGUGAAACAAUCGAUGGUGUUACUUUAGAGGAUGGUCUGCUUAAUGUUCUCAAUCCUCCUAAAUCAAGCUUAGCAAAAACAGUAAAACCUGGACAAAAGCUAUCCUCAAACCCAGAUGACUUGAAAGGAUAUCGUGCUGGUCCUUUGUAUUUAAACGGAACAACUGGUGAAAUUUGGGUUGCUCAAGCUUUGACAUCCGGAACAAUAAAUCUGCACUUGCGUGCAGAAGACCAGGGAACUCCCCGUUCCCAUACAGAUGCAUGGUUAACUAUCAACGUUUUCAUCGAUCCGAGUGAAGGCAUCGGAUUUCUGAGUUUUGGCGGGGAUGGCACACUAAACGUCACAAUAAUUUUAGCUAUGAUAACUGUGACGGCCAUUAUAUCACUGUUUCUAAUUAUUGGAAUAGUUUGUGUUCGUCGGCGACCGACAAGAUACACUUUGGCUCGUAAUGUCGCUGGAACUGAUGGUGGGGUUUCUCCCGGAAAUGCAGCCACAAGCUUCUCAAUGGAUGUUGCUAAAGAAAAUAUGUCAACAAAUAUGAACAGUGGUUGGUCUUCACCUGUAGUGACUUACGGUGCAAAUCAUUUUAUACCUGGGCAAGCCAAUGGGGGAAACUCGAUUAUGGAAGACGGUCAAAUGUUUACAGCGCUUUAUGGGCAUGGAGGAGUUAUGGGAUAUGGAGCUGUCAUGUCACCAAGCGACACAGCAAGUUUGAUUUAUGUACCACAAGCCCAAACAACACCAAAUAUAAUAGGGUCCUUAGGAGGUUCAAUGACACCAGUACCAGUUGACCUUACGACAACAGGUUCAGAUUAUCCUUCUCGAAAUCAUAUGCAUACAUUUGGAACUUUAACACGAACACGUGGUUCAGUUGGUCAAAGUGUAUUUGCAGCUCCACCUGGUUGUGCAAUCGCUUAUGAACCUCAUUUAGAUGCUGACAGUGGAGAUUCAGGCAGAGGUCCAUCUGAAGAAGGCAACCAAUUUUUAUUAUCAGAUAAUUAUCGAAGUCUCUCGAAAUAUAGUGAAUCUUCCGCUAAAAUGAAUUCGAGUGCUUCAGGUUUAUACCCACAUUCGGAAAAUAACCAUGAAUUGACGCAUUCAAAUAACAAUUUUGAUCAUAAUGGUUUUAAUCAACUAGACGAUCAGUCGUCAAACAUAAUUCAAACACCACUAAGAAUUGAUUUAAGAGGACAGUCUACAACAGAUUAUAAUACAUCAGAAAAUAAUUAUGAUUCAGCAUCGAAACAACAUCGAUUGGUAAGAAAUGGUUUAAGUAUUGGUUUACCUCCAUUAGCUAGUAACCAUGCAUUAAACCAACCAGUCAAUAUUCAAUCUAAACAAAAAUCAAAUCCUUUAUCAAAUCCAGAACUUCAACUAACAGUAUAA